AUGAUUAGAUACACUGUUGCUGGUUCCUCCAGAAGAAGUGUAGCAAGAAUUUCCAAGAGGGUGGGUGCAAUUAAAUGUGUCACUGUCACAACCUCCAAAAGAUUCAUUUCCAAUAAGCCAAAUGAAGUCUUCACCAAACUAACGAAUGAUAACGAUCCGAAAAGAGAUGCAUUUUUCAAAUAUUCCUGGGGAUCAUGGCUCAAAAAUGACAAGCAACACAAGGAAAAAAGAUUCACCAAGUUUUCCAUUGAAGGUUUAAAUCGCAUUCUCAAUGACAUAUACAUUCAAUCUAAUGAAAUGGCUAAAGUUCCCGACAGUAAAAUCCUACCGCCAGUAUUCAACAAGAAUUUAACGGUCUCCUUGGUCAAUAACGUUAUACCAAAGAAUAUUGGAAAAGUCAAUCCAAACGAAGAUGUUCAAGUAACCACAUUAUCCAGUAUUCACGAAGGUAAACAUCACAGAAUAUAUAAGGUUGACACUAAUUUAAAUAAAGCGUUUAUUUUAAGGAUUCCAUACCCGUUGGAAAAUGAAAAUACUCUAUCUUAUAGGAUAAGAAGUGAAGUAGCCACCAUGGAUUUUGCUGACUUGAAGUUAGGCAUUAAAGUUCCCAAAAUUCUUUGCUACGGUGUCAAUUCUUUGAAUCCUGUAAGACAACCUUUUGUUUUACAAGAAUUUAUUGAAGGUGACCUGUUAAUGAAAGAUUGGAAUCCAUUAAUGGAAGAUGGUUCUUCCAAUCAAGAAAAGUUUGACAACGUUAUUGAAAAAAUUUCCGAUUUCCAGUCGAAGUUGAUAUCAUUGAAACUAAACGCAUUCGGAUCCAUAUACUUUAACAAUGAUUUCAAAGACGAACAUGAUGAAGCAUUUGUUAAGGAAAACGUAUACGAUGGUGAAACUAACCCAGAUUUACAAAACAGAUGGAAAAUUGGGCCAUCUGUGGAAAGAUGUCUUUGGAGACACAAAUCCCAUCUGGAUUUUCAAAAACAAUUGAAGCCUUUUUUGGGUCCAUGGCCAAUUAAGUCCCCAAUGGACGUAAUUAAGAAUACUGGUCUGUUGGAAGCUGAAAAUGCUAAAACUAGAUUAGCCAUGAAAGAAGCGGGAAGCUCACCUGAAUUAGUAGAAAGUCAAACUCUGGAAGACCAAAUAACCACUUUUGAAAAUUUGGCCAAAAUUGCACCGGAUCUAUUCAAUCUCAAAACCAAAGCCAUUCCAAAUAUGCAAGACUUGUUGUCACCACGAUUAUUCCAUCCUGAUUUAGAUCCCAUGAAUAUCAUUGUUAACAAAGAAGCACAAGAAGCAUAUCUACUGGAUUUUGAAGGCGCAUGCACUAAGCCUUUUAUCUUACAGAAUUCUCCCCAAUUUAUUGCGUACGAAGGGCCCAAGAUUUAUGACUUGAAGGAGGAUAUAACCGACUUUGACAAACUAUCUGAAGCAGAAAAGGCGCAAUAUCAAUUUAUGUAUAAGCGGACUCGUAACCAACAUCAAUGGGAGAAAAAAUUAAAUGACAACAAUCCUCAAUUAAUCACAGCGGUCGCUCCACCUGUUAAGUUACUGAGAAGCCCAUAUGUUGCAGCUGUAGAAAGGAAAACUGAAGAAGAAUACCUGUUAAUCGACGAAUCACUACUGCAACUAAAGGAAGUUUGGGAUAUAUUUGCUCAAAAUGAUUUGGUGAAACAGAAGAAAUUUCCCUUGAAUUACAGUAAGGAAGAUAUCGAAAGACAUGUCAAAGAUUUGCAAAAGUUGCACGAAAAGUUAAUCUCUACACCUUUUGCUGCCACUCAAGGUUGGAUCCCUCAAGAUAUGUUUGACCAAUUAUUAAAAGCCGGGAGUAUUGUUAAGCAAGAAAACGGAGAUUACACCGUGAAGCAACCUGAACACACCAAAUAA